CCUCACUACCCACCAGCCACUACUAUAACCACCCCUCGACGAUCCCCUCCUCUCUCACAUUCAUCCAGCUAGCUCCUCCGUCGCAGCUCGGCUCAAUCCUUACACACACACCACCACGAGCUAAGCAGCUACCUUGCUAACAAAUGCCGGACCGGGAGGUGUCCAGCCCGGCGUCGUCCGGGGGUACGUCGUCCUCGCCGCCAGCGUCGCCUGCAGGAGGCGCGAGGCGCGGCGGAGGAGCGGAGAAGCGAGCCCGGGACGGGGGCCGCCACCCGUCCUACCGCGGCGUGCGAAUGCGGGCGUGGGGCAAGUGGGUGUCGGAGAUCCGGGAGCCGCGCAAGAAGUCCCGCAUCUGGCUCGGCACCUUCCCCACGCCCGAGAUGGCCGCGCGCGCGCACGACGCCGCCGCGCUCGUCGUCAAGGGACCCACCGCCGUGCUCAACUUCCCGGAGCUGGCCGCGUACCUCCCUCGCCCGGCCUCCGCGGCCCCGCGCGACGUGCAGGCCGCCGCCGUCCGCGCCGCGGCGAUGGACGUCCCCACGCUACAUGACCACGGGGCUCCUCAUGCCACCACCGCAUUGUCGUCGCCCCCGCCAUCGGCCCCGCCGAUGACGGACAGCAAGAACGUCUCCGAGGCGGAAGACGAUCUCGAAGCGAUCUUCGAGCUGCCGCGCCUCGACGAGGACGCCGCGGGGAUCAUGUUCGGCUCGGCCUCGUUCCUGGACGUGACGCUGGCGGACCAGUCAUGGUGCGACCCCGUCUGGCUACAAGAAGAUGGUUGCUGCGGCUACGCCCCGGCGGCGGCGGCGCAGGACAACAUAUUCGGCCUCGGCCAAGACGGCGCCGACCACCAUGGCUGGGGUCCGUCAGUUAGCGCCCUCUUGUGGAACCUGUAAUUGCUAAAUAUUAUUGGGUAAUUAACAGCUUCUUUCUCUAUCUCCCCCUCUCUCUCUCUUUCUUUCUCUCUCUCUCUCUCUCCUGUAUCCGAUGUCCUCAGUUUCUCUUCCAAAUCUGUAUAUAUAGAUAUUUGCAACUUUACAUUUCGAUCAAGAGGUCAACCAAUACUUCUUCCUCCUUAUUUCCUCUUCUUUUUCUACUCCGUAGAGUUUUCAUAGCUACCCUUUUUUUCAUUUUGUCAUGGUAUAAUUGGGGUCUUCUGUUUUGAAUUUGACUUUUCUUUGGCAUUAUAUAUUCUUUCUCUCUA